AUGCUUAUCGCCGACAUUACCAAGAUGUAUCGGCAGAUUCGUCUACACCCAGGAGACACACAUCUGCAAAGGAUCUUCUGGCGAUCGACUCCGGACGAACCUAUUGGUGUAUACGAGCUCAAAACGGUUACCUACGGUACCGCUUCGGCACCAUACUUGGCGACUCGAGUUAUUUCGCAGCUAGCAACGGAUGAAAAGUGCCACUAUCCUUUGGCAGCAGAGGUGGCGUGCAAAGACUUUUAUGUCGAUGACCUUUUCACUGGUGCAAAAACGGUCAACGAAGCAAUUGAGUUACGUAAACAAAUGGAAGCAAUGUUCAACUCGGCAGGCAUGGAGUUACGAAAAUGGGCAAGCAAUGUUCCAGCUUCUCUUCAAUACGUUCCAGAGGAAAACCGUGCGAUCAAGGAUCUAGUGGACUUCGAUAAGGAUCAGUCAAUAAAAACGUUGGGCUUACAUUGGGAGCCUCAAACUGAUCGGCUAAAGUAUGUCAUCCCGAACAUAACGAUCGACCGAGAAUCUGCAGUUACCAAACGGAACACACUCUCUUCUAUCGCCAAAUUGUUCGAUCCAUUGGGCCUAGUCGGUCCGGUCGUGUUGAUAGCGAAGGUUUUCAUGCAGGCGUUGUGGGGUCUUAAGAACAGCAACGACACACCCUACGAUUGGGAUCAAGAGUUACCUGAAACAAUGAAGCAGCGUUGGUUUGCGUACGUAUCCAAAUUACCAAGCCUCAAUGAUCUGCGAAUCAACCGGUUCGUCAUUCUCUCGAACACUACUGCAAUCGAGCUUCAUUUUUUCUCGGAUGCUUCCGAGACGGCAUAUGGAACCUGCGUUUACGUCAAAUCAACGAAUUCGUCGGGACAAACGAAAACUGCGUUACUCACUUCGCGUUCCAAGGUUGCUCCUCCAAAGCAAAUAAGCAUCCCUCGCCUCGAGCUUUGCGGUGCUCGUUUGGCAGCCGAGUUAUAUGGCAAGGUGUCCGAUUCGCUUCGUAUUGAUGCUAGAAUUCACUUCUGGGUUGAUUCAACAACAGUACUGAGUUGGCUUCAGGCAAGACCGUUAACAUGGACUACGUUUGUAGCAAACAGAGUGGCUACAAUCCAGCGCUUAAAAUUGUGA